AUGCACAAUAAUCCUCCCAUCACCACAGAGACGAGUACAGGGCCUCAAAACAGCAGGAGUAGUGCCUCUAGUUACUCCGCUACUGGAAGAGAAGGAGCGAAUGAACGUACACCGAUGCUGGGAAUACGGCCCAUGACAGUAGAAAUAGACUCCACCACUGUACGUGAAGAUUAUUAUGAGGAACCACUUUGGCACCGUCUCUCUUCUCCACUUCAUCCAGUUUUUCGCAAAGUACACGAUCAUUGUCAUUAUGAAUGGAUAGCCGCAUUGCUGUCUGUUAUUACCCUCUUACUUCUUUUUGUAUUUGUUUUCUAUUAUAAUACCCCACCAGUACCAGUGAACUGUGUCACUCCCUUUGGACAACUGUUGGGUGAAAAUAGCGGCGUAAUGGUAUUUAGUAACUGCAGAAGAGAUUACCAAAAUAUGGAAGAACAUUACCUCUUUAUUAAAUCAUUAAGGGUAUACAGUGGUGUAAAAUGGAAAUCUGUAGAGUAUGCACGACGUUUUUGGUUAAUCGCAAAGCAUCCAGGUGUGGCAUUUGAAUAUGUAAAUAGUCCAGUGGAUAUAUGGACCUAUGUGGAAACAGCCAAAGAUGUUAACGGAAAAGAUCUUAAUCUCCGCAAAUACCCUAAUUCACUUACAGGAAAAAGCAUCUCUAAUAUUAGUAAAGAUAUGAAAAAACAAUGGCUCGCUUCCAAACCUCAAGUAGGUGAUCUACUUAUCUAUGACCAUAGCAAGAAACUUCCUGAAGGUCAUGUUGCUGUUAUUGUGAAUGUUGUUCCUGUAUCAAAUAUCAAUAACGGUAAUGAUAUCUUUGUAAAAUAUUACAACGUUUAUCUUGCUGAGCAAAACUGGGAUAAUCGACCGUGGGUUGAAGAAGAGGAUUUAGUAACUAGCAGUGAUAAUAAUGAACCAAGAGCUCUUUACUACUCCCGCAUGGUUUUAUUAAAAGAAGAUAUGACUACACACCGAAUGACUAUUGAGGAUGCGGGGGGUAUGGUACUUGGUUGGGUUCGUGUCUGA